AGUAGCUUUCCUCCUCAGACUUCCUCCUCACUUGUUGCUACAUGUGAGCAAUAAACUACAGCUGCUCUAUUGUUUCGUCAGUGUUGGAGCUGCAGGAGCUGCCGAGGUUGUCUUCAAGGACAUGGCUGAGCAAAACAAACUUUUACCUCGUCCCAUCUUCCGUAGAGAUGUGACCUGGGAACCCUUCCUGAACUGGACCCAGCCAAGCCGCAUCUUUGCUCAAGACUUUGGGCUCCCUCCUUUCCUGGAGCCCGGUGACAUCAAUUGGCUUGACUGGGCAAAGAAGAGGCUCGCUUCUUCCACCUGGCCGGGGUACAUUCAGUCCCCUCUUCUGCCUCCACUGACCAGUCAGCACGGUGAACAGGACACACCACAGGUAACGUGUGGUGUGUCAGAGGUCCAAACCGGACAGAACUGCUGGAAAAUCACCCUAGACGUCAAUCACUUCACACCAGAAGAGAUAACAAUCACAACCAAGGACGGGUACUUGCAAAUAUCAGGAACUCAUGAAGAGAGGCAGGAUAAGCAUGGAGUGGUCUCAAGAUGCUUCAGUCGUAAAUACAAGUUGCCACAGGGGGCCGAUUUGCAGCACAUCAGUUCGGCGCUGUCUGAUGGAGUCCUGUCUGUAGAGACUCCCGUCUCUGGCACAUCUGUCAGCAAACCAUGCAGUGAGAUUGUGUUCAGGAUGAUAGAUUCAGAUCAAAAGACAAAAGAGAAGUGA